AUGGCCUACCGCCGGAAGCAGCAGGGGCCCGUCGCCUCCGACGACCGCCGGACUCCCCAGCCCCAGAGUUUGGCUGCUUCUUCGUACAACUACACGUCGAUGGAUAGCAUGCGUGAGCCUAAGGUUGGAUUGUGGGGAGCAUUGGCAAGAAAGGCCAAGGGGAUUCUCGAUGAGGAUGCUGCUGCUCACAAGUUCGAUGACCAUGGGAAAGUUCAAAGUGCUACUCGCAAGCCCAACUUAUCGGAUGGAGCUCAGGCCCCUCAAUCUCGUUGGUCAUUCGACAGCUAUGGAGGAACAGAAAGGAGCGAACCGUGGAAGAGGUCAGAGGCACUUGCCACUUCUGUCAACCAGUUUGGUGGAAGAAUCAGAAACGCCUUGGAAGAAGGUCUCAUUAUUGUCGAUAAUAAGACAUCAAACAUCAUCGAGGAAACAAAGAAGAUACAAAUUAGAAGAAAGCCUAACAGUUCCAGUUUGCAUAUGCAGAAUCCUGCUGCAGAUGCAUUCCCCCCUCCGAGUUUCACACUGAAUAAAGCUGAGGCAGCCCAGGAGACCCAGUUAAAAGCUUCUCGCGACGUUGCUAAUGCGAUGGCUGCUAAAGCAAAACUUGUACUUCGUGAACUAAAAACUGUUAAAGCGGACCUAGCCUUUGCGAAGCAGCGCUGCACUCAGCUAGAAGAAGAGAACAAAAUGUUGCGUGGAACUAAGCAGAAAGGGGUCAAAAUUGAAGAGGAUGAUGACCUGAUCCGCAUGCAACUGGAGACAUUACUGGCCGAGAAAUCAAGGCUGGCACAGGAGAACUCCAUGUAUGCCCGUGAAAAUCGCUUCCUGCGUGAAAUAGUAGAUUUUCACCAGUUCGCCGCCCACAAUAUCGUCUCCUUUGGCGAUGGCAAUAUGAAAGACAGCAAGCUAGAAGAAGAUACCAAUCGCGCAUACACUGAAAACAUGUUUCCGGUGGUUGAAGCUUAUUUAGCCCAGGAAGAAGUAUCGCCCGUCCCCUCCAGGCCAGAUUCUCCGAUCCUCAGCCCAGGCGAGUCAUCAUCCCCAGUAUCCAUCAUUUCUGUAGAUAAUGCUGCUAAUUCUCCGAGGAACGCCUUGAAGCCAAAUGAGUUGGUGCCUGACAAAGAUUGA